AUGACCGUUCACGUCCAAGAAGUUAUCAAUGCAGAUACAAGAAAUAUUUAUCUUAAAGUUUCCAUUCUUAAAAUUCUUGAGAUUGACACACUGAAGGAAACGUUUACAGCAGAUGUGUUCUACCAGGCAAGGUGGAGAGAACCUAAACUGGACGGACACAGGGGAAGCGAUAAUAUUGACUGGUCUGCAUAUUGGAAUCCAAAAAUAUUAAUUUUAAACGCCAUUGCUCAAAAAGACCAUGCCAAGUGGUACGUUUUACAGACAGAUGAAUCAGGAGACACGCAUAUCGUGGAGAAAAAUCGUCUGGUUGCAACUUUUACUGAGAGCAUGGAACUGGCCCUCUUUCCAUUUGACAUACAAGAUCUAAACCUUUUUAUAACAACGGAGCUUUCGGAAGAGGAGGUUAAAUUUUUAGAAGACGAUCGUGAAAUGUCAAGUGUUCAUGCGGAGACAUUUGCAAAAAUACAAGAAUGGAACAUUUUUGAGUUUGUUCAUUUUACCCCAAAGGCAUUGACUCAGGAAUAUGCCAACACUAAGUAUAAAAAGCCGGGGAUGUAUGUGUUCUGCAGCGCCGGAAGGAAGCCCGGAUUCUUCGUGUGGAACGUAAUUGUGCUCAUGUCUAUUAUCAGUUCUCUGGCUCUGGCGACAUUUGCUGUGGCUAGGAGUAAGAUCGAGAAUCGUCUACAGUUGUCCAUCAUGCUUGUCCUCAUCACGGUCACCUUCAAAUUCGUCACCAACCAAGUUAUCCCAAAAAUAUCCUACACCACACAUCUGGAUCGGUAUAUCAUUGGCAGUACGAUUUUCCUGUACCUAGUGGCAAUGUGGCAUGCCUUAUCGGAGGCUUUGAUCUCGGACGCCGACACACUCAGUGACGCUGAUCAGUAUGCCUUCUUUGCCUUCUGUGGGCUGUAUGCCUUCAUCCAGUUCAUGUUCAUGAUCAUCGUCCUUUUAAGUGGUUCAACGAGACGAUAUGAUAUAAACAUGAAACUAAAGCAGUACAAUAGGAAGCGUCUUGAUGUCAUGAAAAGAGGAGAGAUCAUAAAGACAUCAAAGACUAAUACAAUGUUUAAGAAAGCAACAGAAGAAUGUCUGGUGGUGUCCACCUAAUAAAGUGACUAGUGGUGUCCACUUGAUACAAUGACUGUUUGUAUCUGCCUAAAACUAUGAUUUGUGGUGUCCCCCAAUACAA